GAAGGCAGCAUAAACUCGGCUGUCCGAGCGGGAAGUUCAAAUGUUCACCCUGUUCAGCUCAUAUGUACCAAGUUAUUCCUGUUAGCUCCGACUAGCUCAUUUAGCACACAGUAACAUCACUUUAAAGGAAUUUUACCUGUGACUGUAGGACAGCUCUGCAGCCAUGUCCAGUAACACUGAGCAGAGGAGCAGCUUUGCACCCAGGUGCUUCGGACAGUGUACCUACACAGCUGAGGAGCACCAGGCAGUGCACAAAGCUCUGAAACAGAAGCUGGGACCAGAGUUCAUCAGCACCAGGAUGGCUGGAGGAGGACAGAGGGUGUGCUAUAUUGAAGGGCAUCGUGUUAUCAGUCUGGCCAAUGAGAUGUUCGGAUACAACGGAUGGUCGCACUCCAUCUCUCAGCAGAACGUCGACUUUGUAGACAUCAUCAACGGGAAGUUUUAUGUCGGAGUCAGUGCGUUUAUCAAGGUGCAGCUGAAGGACGGGUCGUAUCAUGAGGAUGUAGGUUAUGGGGUCAGUGAAGGGCUGAAGUCUAAAGCUCAGUCGCUGGAGAAGGCGAGAAAGGAAGCUGUGACUGAUGGCAUGAAGAGAGCACUCAAAUGCUUCGGUAAUGCUCUUGGAAACUGCAUCAUGGAUAAAGAAUACCUCCUAGCCAUUAACAAGAUCCCCAAACAGACUCCUUCUCCUCUAGAUCCAGCCCAGACUAAGCGCUCAGAGGGUGAGCCCUCAAUAGAGAAGGCUCGGAUCUCCAGUCUGGUCCGGCAGGAAAAGCUUGCAUCUGCAGUGGGUCCUGUGAGGGCGCCCCUGGAGCCCAGAGUCCUCAACCACAACCAGAACUAUCCAGAUGUUCAUACCCCUAAUGCAGCUGUCCCUGCUGACAGGAGGAGUGAGAACAUGGCCUCCAGACCUGUCAUGGACUCGCUGGACGCUGUCGGCUCUGACGCUCACACAGACCCCAAACAGCUGAGAAAGCUCCGACAGCAGCAGCUUCAACAGAAGUUCAGAAGAGAGAUGGAGGCCAAGAAAAUGCAGCAGAACGCAGAUCAAACCAAGUCUGAGGACCAAGAGGUUGCUGUUGGACGAGGGUCCAGUGGAGGUCAUGAAGGUGUGCCUGCGUACAGUGACGGCUCCUCAGAUGGAAACAGGAAAUGUAGCAGCAGGGACGAGCAUUUAGCAGAUGAUCUGGAGCUCUGGGAUUUCACCCUGGAUGGGAUCGAGGUGUCAGAUGAUCCCGCAGGCGACCCAAACUCCAGAGCGUUCAUGCCCAGCACGCCUGGGAAUCACCACAUGCAGACGCGCAGUAAGACCCCUCAGAGAGUCCCGGGCAGACCCCCAGAUGACGCCCAUUCGCACAGUGGAGGACACGACCGUGCUCAGUACAGAUCUCAACAUCAGACCCACUAUCAGGCGAGACCAGGUGAAGCCUACAGUCCAUACAGACAAGGACAGUACAUGAAGAAACGGCGACUGGACACCUGAGAUUUAAUGUUGCUGUUCCACAGCUUCCUUUAUGCAUUACAAAAUUUAUUUUACUUUUAUAUUUUUUAUAUUUAUGUCAGUGUUUACACUGAUUAACUUUUUUUUGCAAUGAAUUGCUGCUAUUUCUGAUGUUUGGAGAGAUGUUAUGUCUGGAUUUGUAAAAAAUAAAAACAUAACCACAGAA